CAGCGCUCGAGGACAGGAGGAUUUGACGAAGUGACGACUCUCUGACUAACCCUAGCCUAGCCUAGCCGCCUAGGGAGCGAGCGGGGAGGCGGCCGGAGCCGGAGCCGGAGAUGGAGGUGGUGGCGCUGGUGAGCGGCGGCAAGGACAGCUGCUUCUCCAUGAUGCGCUGCCUCGACUACGGCCACAAGGUCGUCGCCCUGGCCAACCUCAUCCCGCUCGACGACGCCGUCGACGAGCUCGACAGCUACAUGUACCAGACCGUCGGGCACCAGAUCGUGGUUUGCUACGCCAAAUGCAUGGGGCUGCCCCUGUUCCGUCGCCGCAUCAGCGGAUCCACAAGGGAUCAUGCUCUCAAAUACAGUGUUACUGCUGGCGAUGAGGUGGAGGACAUGUUUGCCCUGCUGAGCGAGGUGAAGCGGCGAAUCCCGUCCAUUGGCGCCGUGUCUUCGGGCGCCAUCGCCUCCGAUUACCAGAGGCUCCGGGUCGAGAGCGUCUGCUCGAGGCUGGGCCUGGUCUCGCUCGCCUACAUGUGGAGGCAGGACCAGACUCUGCUUCUCGAAGAAAUGAUAAGAAGGGGCAUCGUGGCUAUAACAGUCAAGGUGGCUGCAAUGGGGUUGAAACCUUCUGUCCACUUGGGGAAAGAACUGGCUGAACUAAAGAGCCAUCUGCUCCAGAUGAAUGAGAGUUUUGGAAUCAAUGUCUGUGGUGAAGGUGGAGAGUACGAAACACUAACUCUUGACUGCCCUCUAUUUCGUAAUGCAAGGAUUGUCCUUGAUGAUUUUGAAGUGAUACUCCACUCUGCUGAUUCCAUUGCUUCAGUCGGAAUUCUUCAUCCGCUGGCAUUUCAUGUUGAGCCCAAGCCAGGUUCAUCUAGCAGCAUUGGGGAUGGUGCCAUUGCUGAAGAGAAUUCUAGUUGCCUGUACGAAGUAAAUGGAGCUAUUGCACACACGGAUGGGGAAACCAAACAGACCUUGAAUCCAACACCAACCUCUGAUGCUUACCCAGAUACAAAUGUAUGCAUUUCAAAGACAGGGAAGACUUUGUUUUCCAUUGGUUGUUGGAUAGAAGAACCCUCUAGUGCUUCGCAAGGCAUGAAGGCAGAUCUAGUCAAAGUUUUGAGCAGAAUUGAGAAUCAGCUCAAGGACGGAGGGUUAAGUUGGGCAAAUGUUCUAUAUGUUCACCUCUACAUUUCAAGCAUGAAGGAAUUUGGAUUAGCCAAUGAAGUUUAUGUCAGCUUCAUCACAGAAAAGAAAUGUCACCUUGGUGUUCCCUCGCGCAGUACAAUUGAAUUACCACUUGUUCAGGCUGGUUUAGGCAAUGCAUAUGUGGAGGUUCUAGUGUCAAAUGAUCUGGUCAAAAGAGUUCUGCAUGUACAAAGCAUCUCAUGCUGGGCUCCUAGUUGCAUCGGACCUUAUAGCCAGGCAACACUCUAUGGAGAGAUUCUCUAUAUGGCCGGUCAGCUCGGGCUUGACCCCCCUACGAUGAAGCUCUGUCUUGGAGGUGCAACAGCUCAACUGGAUCUAGCACUGCGAAAUAGUGAAGCUGUGGCUAAUGCCUUCAAGAGCUCUAUCUUCUCUUCAGCAAUACACUUUCUGGUGUACUGCUCUGCCCACCUGACAUCCACUGAGAAGGAAGCAGUUGAACAAAAGCUGCAGAAUUCAUAUAUUGCUCAUUUGGAUUCCGCAAGAAGUGGAUCGUAUCCUACUAUUCUAUAUGUACUAGCACCGGAUCUUCCGAAAGGAGCAUGUGUGGAGAUAAAACCAACAUUGUAUGUCCCCACUGAUGGCUACAACGACAAUGACGAUGAUGGAGAUAUUACCAGAGAGCCGGAGGCCGGAGGGUCAAAGCCAUCAUCGAGCAAAGUCCCAAGUGAGUGGAGCGCGCAAUACUCUGGCUUGCACGACUCAUGCUGCCUGGCUAACACGGUUGCUGGGAAGAUUUGCUCUGCUGUGGUUUCAGUCACGAAUGAUAUCGCGUCAAAGAUCUGUCCCAGCACCGAACAUCUACACCCCUCAAAGGAGCAUUUGAAAGCCAUAGCCAGGUUUUGUGCUUUCCAGCUCGCAAAGACCCUGACAGACAACAGCUUCACCUGGGACGACGUGACGAUGCUGAGGUUCUACUACUCGGUAGAGCGCGCAGUGGCAGCGGAUGUGGUGUCCCGUGCGUUCUCCGAGGCCUUCGCCGAGCUCGGAGCCGCCGAUGGUUCCUUGAGAAUCGACGGGGCGCCUGUGUUCAACCUCAUCCCGGUCUCCGGAUCCGGUCGCUCCGCUUCCAUGGAUGAUGUCGUGACGUGCGAGCUGCUAGCUUCCAAGGCUUAAGCCAAGAAGCACCUUGGCCUGCACUUAGUGGCCUCCAAAGCUAAAGUCAAAACCUGGCCUGCACAUGCACAUGCGCCAUGGUCGAUCAUGCUCGCUGGAAUGCAUCUUCCGUUGGAAGAUUGGAGGCAAGCAGUGGGACGAUUGAUUAUCCGCCGGCGCUGCGUCAAGCUGGGCAGCAGAUAGCCGACCAGGUGCCUUGUUGUUAGCGGCAGUUUCCUCUCUGUGACGGUGAUUUUUGGUUUAUUGUUAUUAUUAUAUGAUGAUCAAUAUCAAAUAUGAUAUUCCUACUAUACCACAAAGCACAUUGGAUCUGGUUGGCCUGUGGCUGUGGCUUGUAACGACAUUGGUUGGUUGGUUGGCUCAGUUAGUGGCAUGGGUGUUCGUCGUGUUAACCAAGCACGCACGGCUUAUUGUAUUCACAAGAUUUUUAAAAUUUUGUUAUACAAAAUCUGGAGCGCCUACCAUUCCAAGGCAAA